CGUCGCUCGAUCGACGUUUCCUGUCUUUCGAGGGGAAACACUUUAAAAAGCGUCUCACUCGCUGCUCUCGGGUCAGUCGGACCGACAUCAUGGCGUCAGAGAGAGAGCGUCUCGUGGCCACUGCGGUUUUCCUUGCGUCCCUCAUUACACAGAGUGAGGGUAUAAUAGGAGGCAGAGAGGCGGCGCCACACUCUCGGCCUUACAUGGCCUCCAUCCAGGCACCGGAGGGGCAGAACUUGAAGCACGAAUGCGGAGGGUUCGUGGUCGCGCAGCAGUGGGUGAUGACGGCAGCGCACUGCCUGCCCACCGGGCCGAACGGGAGGAGAGUAGUGCUGGGCGUCCAUUCCCUGAGUGAACCCGAGGACACAAAGCAAACCUUUGACAUUGUGGAGCAUCACAACCACCCACACUUCAGCCCGUCAAAUUAUGAAAAUGACAUCGCUCUAAUUAAGCUGGAUCGUCCGUUCAACGUCUCCGAGGCUGUCCAAGCCGUGGCGUUCCUGCGGGCGGGCGGCACAAAUCCCGGCACCGGCGCAGAGGUCGACACGGCCGGCUGGGGCUCCCUGGACAACCUGGGGUCCAGGCCGGACAAGCUCAAAGAGGUGGCCGUGGAGGUGUUCAGCUCGGCCCGCUGCAAACGCGGCGACUACUUCGGCAGGAAGUUCACCGACAACAUGAUCUGUGCGCACAAGGUGUGCUCUGACCCGUGCGAUCAGCCGCACAAGAAAGAGGACAGCUGUGAUGGAGAUUCUGGGGGUCCUCUGCUCUACAACCACGUGGUGGUCGGCAUCACGUCCAACGGGGGGAAGAAGUGUGGCCAGCUGAAGAAGCCUGGGAUUUACACUAUCGUCUCCCACUACACUGAGUGGAUCCACAGCAUCAUGGGCCUGCAGCCGACCGCAGCACCAGGCCAGAGGCCGAGCGGAUAGACGGAGGACAGAAAAACCAAUUUCAUCCAUGUCUUGUAGCACCUUUCAUGCAAUUUCAAGUGUUUGCGUGAAAGGCGCUUUUACGGAUUAUUGCAAACUGAUAGUGAGAAAAUGUGAAGAGUGAAAACGUCAUGAUUCAACGCGUCCCGCUUCUUCUGUCACUGAUUAUUCUUCUACCUGCGUAUGAAGUGUUUAUAUCCUGAGCAUUUCUCAUUUGCGAAUAAUACACGCCUCUGCACAAUGAGUUCCUGUAUGGCACACGUAUUACAACCAGCUACACAAACAUAUUCUUUCAUUUUUUUUAAAUAAGUUUGUCUAUGAAGAAAUCAAUAAAAUACAGUUCAUCACA